UUCCUCGGCCUUCCCGCCGAGGCACCGGUCGGUGAGGAGCCGGUGGAGGCCGCAUCCCGCCCCGCAGGAUCUCCGCUCCCGUCCCCCGGCGGGAAGGCGGCGGGAGGCGCUGCCGCCCGCCCCACAGUUCUGAGGACCGAUUUCAUCAUGACCUCUUUUGAAGAAGCUGGAACUGAAGAAACGGUAACGUGUCUCCACAUGACCUUUUACCAUCCUUGCCAAGAAGACAAGAUGAUGUUUCGUUGCUUGGACUUCUGUAGGCGAGAACAGGUCAGGGCAGAUGAAACGCCCAAGUUCGGCCGCGAUUCUAAUGUCUGCCGUUAUAACUUGAUGGAUACUCGCGUCUCCCGGAUUCAGUUUGCACUGCAGUUUUACAGAAAAAUGAACAGCUCAGAAUUUUGUUUUGAGAUCAAGAACUUGAGCAAGAAAACAAAACUGACUGUGGACCAAACAGAACUGGGUUACUUAAACAAAACUGAUCUGCCAUGGAAGUCCAUCAUUUGUUUUGGGGACUACCAGAUUUUAGCAGAGAUUGAAGAAGGGGAGUCUGUGGAUUAUUUUGAGACUUACUUACACUUGGCUAAAGCGCCAAUCUUACAGGAAAGAUGCCUGCCAUCACUGCAGCCUAUACCAGAGAAUGGCAUUUCUCCUUCCUCGUUUCCUGCCCAAGGCAAAAGCCCCAUGGAGAUUGAUGAAAACGAGUCAUGCUAGCGCAGAGAAGGAGGCUGGAUAAGAUUUUGAUCAUCUGAAGCCAGCACAGCUUCUGAAAUGGAAGGCUGUCAUUCCAGUCCACUAGUUCUUGAUGGGUUCUCACCGCUGCACGUCAGUCUUUUUACCUGGCACACCAGAACAUACUUUGAUCAAUAGCAACAGAUCCCUGACACUGUUUUCACCGGGGCGUAGGCGCUCUUUGAUCACCACUGUUUGUCUCCCCCAGGCUUACGUGGCACAGAGGGCCACUCAGAUCCAUUGCAGCAGAUUCAAGAACUAUGUCCACCUGCCUCGAAGGUACAUUUAACAGGCAUCACUGUAGACUAUGCAGAACAGUGUUUUUAGCCAAGUAGAGAGACAUCAUGUCUCGCUGCAUUUGUUAUACUUUGUGCUUUGCUUUUGAUGUGAAAUUCCAAGCAGUAUUUUCAAGCCUAGGCUGUAACUUCCCAGAUUUUACAGCUUAGAAACACUUUGUCAAUAGUCCUUUAAAGUUAAUGUUUGGUUUUGUUUUGUUGUUUUGUUUUUGUUUUUUUUUAACUUUGCAAUGAGAUUUUUCUUCUAUUUUUAAAAUGAAUUAAAAUAUAUAUUUUUUGAAAGUUAACUGCUUUUGCUUGUGAAUGUAAACAAACAUGCAGUGUUGGUCACCACGAUAUGUAAGAAUCCAGAUCAAUUUUGUAAUAAAAGCAUUUGGUUGCCUA